UAAGAAAUUUAAAUGAAUCCUUUCCAGAUGCACAACUUGAAACUGGUUUACGUACAUUAUCUAAUUUGGUUAUGGAGAACGAUGAAGAAAAUAUGAAGAAUUUUGGAGUUACAUUAAUUCCAGUAUUAAAUGUAUUAAAGCAAAACAGAGAGGAUACCAAAGUUAUUUUCUUAUUAUUAGAUAUAUUGUGUUCAUUAUGUCGUUUAAAUGCUAAUGCUAAAAUAUUUGCUGAAAAUAAUGGAAUAGAAACAACUAUAAACGUGAUACAAUUAUAUGAUUAUGACAUAAACUUAUUAUCAU